AAAUAUUUUAAAAUUAUUUUUACAAUUUACAAUAAACAAAAAAAUUAGGACAACUUUUUUUUUUCACUUUAAGAACAUUUUAAGAUAAUUAUUAGGUCUGAUUGAGAAACAGAAAAUGGCGUCGAAGAAGUUGAUGAAAGCGAGAGCAUUGGCAACAGUAAAACCUUCUUCAGCGAUCCCCAACCUCCCUCUUCCCUCUCCACCCUCAGACACACCCGUGUCCCAAGUUCACUAUGCCCGCUUCCUGGACUUCUUGAAGGCCCAUUGGGCCCCGCCGUUCACCCCCGACACCCUCCUCCACUUCCUAAAAUCGAAGCUCCACCACCACCCUUCCUUCUCUCAAUUCGACUUCCACCUCUUCACCUGGGCCUCCUCCCUCGACUCAUUCCACCACACCCACGCCACGUUCCACUGGAUGGCCCGCACCCUCGCCGCCACCCACCGCCUCCCCCAGCUCCGCGCCCUCCUCCACCUCAUCGCCACCCACCCCUGCCCCUGCUCUCCCUCCAUCUUCUGCUGCCCCCACACCCAACCCAUCUUCUCCCACGCCAUCCACGCCUUCUCCAAAUCCUCCCAACUCCACCACGCCCUCUCCGCAUUCCACUCCAUGACUAAACUGAUCGACUCCAAGCCAGACGUCGCCGUUUUAAACGUCCUCAUCCACGCCUUCGUCAAACGCGGUAACCUAAGCCAAGCCCUCCAGUUUUACCGCGAGAUGGUGGCUACCCACCGCGUUAAGCCUGACGUUUUCACCUUCAACAUUUUGAUAAGUGGUUACUGUCGGAACUCGCAGUUCGCGUUGGCGUUAGAUGUGUUUCAAGAGAUGGGGAAAAUGGGGUGCGAGCCCAAUGUGGUUACUUUCAAUACCUUGAUCAGGGGAAUGUUUAGAGAGGGGAGGGUUGAGGACGCCAUUGAGAUGGCUCGCGAGAUGGUUCAAUUAGGGUGUGAGCUUUCGUGUGUUACUUGUGAGAUUUUGGUUCAAGGGCUUUGUAAGGAAGGGAGGGUUUUACAGGCGUGUGAAUUGUUGCUGGAGUUUUCCGAAAAGAGGGUUUUGCCUAAGGGGUUUGAUUGUUUUGCUUUGGUGGAGGUUUUGUGUGGGCAAGGGUGUGCUGUGAGAGCGUUGGAAGUUGUUUAUGAGUUGUGGAAUGGGGGGAGUGUUCCGAGUUUGGUUGCUUUUAUUGCUGUGGUUGAUGGGUUGAGGGGGUUGGGGAAGACCGAUGAGGUGCAGAGAUUGGUGGAAAGGAUGCUUGAUGAGGGUAUGGUGCUGGAUGUUGUGACUUUCAAUUGUGUUCUUCGGGAUAUUUGCGAUGCACGCAGAACCGAUGAGGCGAAUAGAUUGAUGUUACUUGCUUUGAGCAAGGGUUUGGAACCGGAUGACAUGACUUAUAGGACUUUGGUAAUAGGGUAUACGGAGGAGGGAGGGAGGGAGAAAGGAGAGUUUCUGGUGAAUGAAAUGUUGGAUAGGGGGUUUAUACCUAAUCUUGCUUCAUAUAAUAAGUUGAUGAGUGGAUUGUCUAAUUGCAGGCCCUCUACAUGCCAUCAAGUAAACAAAUUUUAUCGAUGAAGAUGCAAAUAUUUAAGAAUUAACUUGGAUUUCAAUUGACAGUGUUGAUGGGCCAAGGUGAUUGUGAAAUGAUUCUGAACUGAACUGGUAAGGGAAUUGGAAACAUGUGUGGUGGAUUGAAACGACGAAACUCCUUGUCUCAUAACUGCAACUUCUUGAUGGGAGGAAUUUGGAUUCUCUGCAAAAUAAGUGUAAAUUGGAGGCACUGUAGACGGUAGUACCGAAAAACCAGUAGAUAAUCUGCACUCGCCCAUGAGAUGUGUCAUGGGGGCUGUAGUACUGUCCCAUUGAUUUUGACCGGGACAUAUGCCAUUGGAGCUGUGUUAAUGCCACUUGAUUAAAUACCAGAAGUGGUAUCAUUUGAUCUAUUCACCAUUGAUCGGUUCAGAAAGGAGUGUUGUUAUAGUUAAGAACUCAAAACCAAGCUGGAAGCAGUGUUGUUGAGUACUUGGACAAUUGCAGUACUUUUGUUGAGGCCAAAGAUCCUUGCACACCUUCAACAUGUUUUGACAAAUCAAAGAGAUGUAUAAUUUUUUAGUAGAUUUUUUAACAGAUAUUAAUAAGCAUUGGAUCAUCUUCGCAGAAUCGACAGGGCGGACGUACAGGGUGAAAGAAAAAAGAAGGUAUAUACAGUUUGUAUGAUGACAGUAGUUUAUUAGGGAAACUAGGAGAUAUCCCCACAGUUUUGGCCAAUUUUAGGCCGGAAUUUGCUUUUUAGUGUUUUGUUUUUUUCCCACAAACAUAUCAUCCCAAAAAUGACAUAGCAGGAUGUAAGGCUAAAUAUGCACCACGUUGUUUUCAUCCUUUUGUAUUUCCUCUUUUACGCCGCAUAUUCUCAUGUGACAAUUUUGGUCAUGCUAUUUAAAAUCUGCAAUAUGCGUAGUUCAAAUUGCUGUAUGUCACUUCAUUAUCUGGUUUGUAUGUCAUAUUUGGCUUCUAUAAAGUGAAGAACACACUUUAGAAGAUAAUGAAUUUAUAUUUAGAAAAUUAACUGUUGUGAUAAUGACCAAAUACAUGAACGUAUAUAACAAAGUUAUUUGAAUUAUUUUGUUAAUUCUUUAAUCAAUGAUUAUAUUUUAUCCUCUGAAAUGCACCUUUUGCUUUAGUGGAGACAAAUCCUAUGACUGCGGCUGCAUAAGCUCAAUUCUUGUCUCCAUAAGUGCAACCUCCAUGCUGCCUCCUUUGGAUUCAUUUGUGACCCUGGUGAAAUGCGGCUGGAUUCUUCAAUCUUGUCUAUGGGAUUUCUGCCAAUAUUGCAAAGAUGUUCAUCACUAAGUUUAUAUCAAAUGAACUGCCAUAUGUUGUCCGAUCCAUGUAUGCUACUGGAAGUUCAUUUUUAAAUUGCUAAUAGCUUCAGUUUUGUAUUAUGUGUAGUUUUAUCAUCACAGAAAGAUUCAUGUAAUAGGCAAAAAGGAUUUAUACUUGUAUAGUUUUUCUAACAAUUUUAAGUUAGAUUGAGCUGUAAGCACGGUGGAAGGUUGGACGUGAUAUGUAUAACGAG